AGACAGGAAAUGAAACGUGUGUUACAGUGAUGAUGUGUCUGUGUGUCAGGUGAUCAUAAUGGGCGCCACGAACCGUCCUCAAGACCUGGAUUCUGCUAUCCUGAGGAGGAUGCCCACAAGGUUCCACAUCAACCAGCCGAGCGUGAGGCAGCGGGAGCAGAUCCUCCGGCUGAUCCUGGAGAACGAGAGCGUGGACGAGACGGUCGACCUCGUCGACGUCUCCAAGGACACAGAGGGUUUCUCGGGAAGCGACCUCAGAGAGAUGUGCCGCGACGCCGCUCUGCUGUGCGUCCGAGACUUCGUCCACGCUCACAAUGACAGUCCAUCAGAAGACUUCAUUCGUCCCAUCCGGCAGUCCGACCUUCAGAGGGCCAUCGGUAAGAUGAAGAAAUCUAAAUCGGCGGGCGGACACGGCGUCCUGCUGCACGCCGCUCUGGACUGAACACACACAGACACAGUGAUCACGUGAUGAGUCAUCAGCCCUGCGGUGGCGGGUUCGAUUCCCGGCCGGUUCAUCAGCCCCUGCCGUCCCCGCAUGUGUCGGCUCUGAGCCGCUGCCUUCUUUUAUUUCUGCUUCGCUGCAGGUGUGUAAAUAAACAGUUUUUACAGGUGA